AUUUUACAAAGAAAAGGUCUCAUUGAGGAUGGGUAAGAGUCUCCUCUUCCAUCGGUGCAAGGAAGGGCUGUUGCGCUGAUGCAAAUAGUGUGGGGAAGACAAACAGUGCAUGGUACAGAUGCACAGGUGUGUGCUACUCAGGUAUGGUGCGGAUAUCGCGUUUGGCGCAGGUGUACUCAGGUGCGAUACAGGUAAAUUCAGGUGCGUGGUACAGAAGCACUCGUCUGCGGUACAGACGCUCUCAGGUGUGUGCUAUAGAUGCUCUCGGGUGUUUGGCCCGAUGGACUCAGUCAGGUGUGUGGUACAGAAACAGAUGUGGCCCCAGCCCUCCCAGUGGGAGGCAAGGGUUUGGUCAGCGGAGGCACAUUGAGGAGUGGGCAGUUUGGGAGGUGGUGGUCACCGGGGCCUUGGGUGGCCAGUCAAGGCUUUGGUGCGUUGGGGGUGGUGGUGGGUAUGUGGCUGUGUUUCCAGAAGGCCUAGAGGCAGUGGGGCUUAAGGGGCCGGAGGGUCUGCUGGGGAGUCCAGGCUACUUGAAGGGAGCAGAUGGUCCUGAGGGCCCCAGCCCUGCCCAGGCCGCCCCAUCAGGGUGUGCGGAAACUCCCUUCGAUGCGCUGCAUCCACAUGGUUCCCUGCGCCGGGAGCCAAACCCAGCUCCGAGAGCCGUCAUUCGGCCACACGGGGGCAGUGCAGUCACGCCAGGCAGAGACGCCUGCCCUGGAUGCCUCGUCCACAGCAUGACCCAUCGCGUGCCCAAGGACACGCCAGCACAGAAUUAACAGAAGCAGCAGAGAAACUGGAGUGAGUGGGGCUUAAGGUCUGAGGGCAGCAACACCUGUCCUGGAAAGUUGUGAACAAAGACUUAGGCAGCUUUUCACUUACUACUUUGCUUAAGCUGUGCCCUGGGUCCACUUAGAUAUGGGUGUUUGGGAUGGGCAGGCAGAGCUCCCCUGGGGCAGACGGCCUCCGUGAGGCCAGGUCAGCUGUCACAGCCGCCCGCAAUACCUGAUCACUUGUCCUCUGUCCCCAUGUGCCCUCCUCCCUCACCUCCCAUCCCUUAUUCCCUGUCCCCAGCCUGCACUCCCCCGUUCCCCCUUCCCUGGGCCCUUGAUCACCUACUCUCACAUACUCCCUCUCUUGCCAUUUGAAUGGUGUGUUGAUGACCCAGCUCUUGACUUGACUUACAGGAAGACGAAGAACCUGCUGGAGACACCGGAUUCUCAGCCAGCUUUAGCCUUGGGCUCUUUGUGAAGAAAAUAAUCCCGGAAUGGUCAGAAAGGCCUGACUUGUGGCCAUGGCUAUGGUCACACUAAAGUUAACCUAGCCAACUGGGAGAGCCACUUGUGUCAGUCCAGAGGAGCCUGGUCGAGGAGGAAAGCAGGGCCAGAAAUGAUGAUUCCACCAGGGGAGUGCAUGUAUGCUGGAAGGAAAAGAAGGAAACCCAUUCAGAAACAGAGGCCGGCCACGGGGGCUGAGAAGUCAAACCCGUCCAAGCGGCACCGGGACCGCCUCAACGCCGAGCUGGACCACCUGGCCAGCCUGCUUCCGCUUCCUCCUGACAUCGUGUCUAAGCUGGACAAGCUUUCCGUCCUGCGUCUCAGCGUCAGCUACCUCAGGGUGAAGAGCUUCUUUGAAGCCGUGCAGAAGUGCCCACGGCAGCCGGCGGCUGGUACCCCCUCACCAGAAGACAGUGGUCUGAACGGAGGGUCCACCGUGCUGGAGGGAAGGCUGCUGCUGGAGUCUCUCGAUGGCUUUGCCCUGGUCGUGAGUGCGGAAGGCAUGAUAUUUUACGCGUCAGCAACAAUCGUGGACUAUCUGGGCUUCCACCAGACGGACGUGAUGCACCAGAACAUCUAUGACUAUAUCCACGUGGACGACCGCCAGGACUUCUGCCGGCAGCUGCACUGGGCCAUGGACCCUCCCCAGGCGGUGUUUGGGCAGCCCCUGCACUCAGACACAGAGGACGCGGUGCUGGGGCGGCUGCUCCGGGCGCAGGAGGCGGACUUCUCGGCCUUCCUGACGCGCUGCUUCGUGUGCCGCGUGCGCUGCCUGCUGGACAGCACCUCGGGCUUCCUGACAAUGCAGUUUCAAGGAAAACUAAAAUUCCUGUUUGGACAGAAGAGGAAGACUCCAUCAGGGACAGUCCUGCCCCCUCGGCUGUCACUGUUCUGCAUCGUGGUGCCCGUCCUCCUUCCUUCCGUGGCGGAGAUGAAAAUGAAGAGUGCGUUUCUGAGAGUGAAGCACAGGGUGGACGUCUCAGGCUCAGUGGACACAAAAGCAAAAGCCGCCUCGAGUCUGUGUGACCCAGCAUCGCAUGGAAAACCCCACUGCCUGGCAGGGAGGGGCAUUGGAGAAAACAUUUCAGCGCUCAAGGCACAAGCGGAUGCAGGCUGCUGGGCCCGGGUUCCAGCCAGAGCCCCAUGUCCCUGCCUCAGGAGCAGCCCGGACCUCGUUUCUGACCCCGAGGGGGCCGCCGGGGACAGGGGAGGAGAGGAGCACGGGGGGGUGCCUGGCAGCACUCCCGGAGCCCGGGGGCGGAGGGAAAGACCUGCGUAUAGUUGCUGCUUUGAGGCGCCUGGACCCGUGAGGCACCUGAACUGGAUGACAGGGAAACAUGGUCCAGAUGGUGGCACCAACGUGAAGCUGGGACCCAGUAAGAGUGACCCGUUCUCCACACACACCGUGUCCCGUGGCUCCUGCGUGUCCUGCCCCGGUGUUCAGGGCACUGUCCAUAGCAGUGGGGUUACUGCUUUCCGGAAUUCACCCGGCUGUCACCCAGGAAGCCCCUCUCCCAGUGCCUAUGCCAGCCCCACGAGCAGAGCCUUGCAGGACAGCUGCAAGGGGCCCCCUCUGCCCAGCUGCCCCUUUCCCCAGGGGAGCCUGGACAAUGGGCUCCCUCCGCCUGGAGGGCAGCGUCUCGCAGCGGGGGGCUAUUCCACCGAGGACGCCAAGUUUCGAGGGGGGCCGCUGCCCGCGGGAGCCCCGUGCAACCCCGUGCUGUCACUUGAUGUGCCCGUCAAGCUGGAGAACGACUCUGGGUCUGAGGACGCGGCAGACGGCUACCUCGUGUCCCCAGGCCAGGUGUGGCCGGGAGCCGGUGGUGUGGCCAAGAGACAGCUGGUCACUUUCCCUACCAGGAUACACCUGAAGACGGAGUCAGACUCCAGACCCCACCUGUAUGCUCCGCACCUGGGGCACAGCAUGCUGGGGGCUCACCUGAGCGGCAGGGCUCCACUCAGACCCGGCGAGGAGCCGGCGCCCUCCCGCCCCGCACGCUGUGCCUGCCUGCAGCAUGUGCGUGGCCUUCCCGAGCCAGAUCCUCCCCGCCACCUCCGUGCACACGGUCACCAGCCCCCUACACUGGGCCGUGACUGCAGAGCUCCCGGCACCACACCCGUUGUCAAGCGCGAGCCCCUGGACUCACCCCCAUGGGCAAGCCACAGCCAGGGUGGGGUGCCCGGCAUGUUCCCCAGAAGUGCCUUGCCGACACUGAUGCCCCCCAAAGCCCCCGAGUGUGCUUUCCUGCCGUAGGGCGGGUGUUUCUAAGAGCUAGCCUCUUCCGCACGCCCAGACUUACCCUCAGCUGCGAUGGCAGGUGGGGGGUCGGAGCCAUUCUGCAAAGCUGCACGAGUCCAGGCCUCCUUAGGUGUGGGCAGCGUGUGCAAUAGCAUAUUGCGUACUUUGUAAAAUGUCA